UCUACUAAGAGUCACCAGUUACAAUAAUGUCCUCGAGCAAUCAAUUGGUUUGUACCAAAGGACUACUGAGGUUCCUUGAAGAUCCAAGGUACCCGUCCGUGGGUCCGCACUUACGUCUUUUAGAAUUCACUGGUUUAUGGCACCCGAAUAAUACAAAAUUAACGAAAUUCAAACAAUGCUUUUUCUAUAUAACGAUUGCAUUUUUCUUUAGUCAAUAUGUUAAAUGUUGCAUUAGCAUGGAAGUAGAUUCCCUUAUGCUAAUACUCAAAUAUGCGCCCUUUCAUAUGGGAAUAGUGAAGAGCUGCUUCUUCCGCAAGAGUUAUAAGAAAUGGGAGACUCUCAUCGACUUCAUAUCUUCUAGAGAACAGAAGCAGCUGGCCAAAAAUGACGAAGAAUAUGAUGGAAUUCUGAAUGAAUAUAUAAACAGAAGUCGCCGAGUUUCCUACUUCUUCUGGGGCCUGGCUUUCUUCUCUAACUUUAGCAUAUUUAGUGAACCUUAUCAAAACAAUCAGAUUAUUGAAAAUGGAACUAGUAUUUACUAUUAUAUUUUUGAUGGUUACACUCCAUUCAGCAACGAACCUCCAGGAUAUUAUGUGUCGAUGGCCAUUCAAACCAUACUAGGUCUUAUCGUGAGCGCCUAUGUGGUCGGAUGGGAUACUUUGGUGGUCACUAUGAUGAUAUUUUUCGCUGGGCAAUUGAGGAUCUCUCGUCUGAAUUGUGUAAAAAUUAUAGAUCGGUCGAGCAAGAUUAAAAGUCAUGAAAAUAUUGGAACCUGUCAUAGUUUGUACACAGAUUUGAUAAAGUACCAGAAGAUUUUCAACUCUUUAAUAUCACCAGCCAUGUUUAUUUAUUUAAUUGUCAUCUCAGUGAAUUUAGGAGUCUGCAUCAUUCAAAUCGCUCAGAUAGAAGACGAUUUAGGGACAUUAAUUUCCAGCUGCGUUUUCGUAGUCGCCUGCCUGAUUCAGCUGCUUCUGUUCUAUUGGCAUGCCAAUGAAGUCACCGAAGAGAGUAAACUAGUAAGCUAUGGAAUAUUCGAGAGCGAUUGGGUGUGUUCUGAUAAGAGACUGCAGAAAGAAGUGGCCUUGCUUGGAGUUACCACAACGAAGAUAUUAGUUUUCAAAGCUGGACUUUUCAAUGUGAUGUCACUGUCCACUUUCAUCGCAAUUCUACGUGCAAGUUACAGCUUCUACACUUUACUGAGCGAAACUAAUUGAAGUGACACUUUAGAAAAAAUUUAAAAUAUAUAUUACAUAAAAAAAUUGGUACAAUACUAAGAUCGUUGUUGUGACCUUCUAGUAAGUGUUAUAAUAACAAGGACCAGUAUAUUUUACAAAUACAAUUAGUGGUCUUUCGAGCCUUCGAGCCGAAAUAAAAUUGCCGUCUGUUGACUUGAUGUAUUGUA